AUGACAAGAGCUGUGUCUAAGAAAGGAGAGCCCAAUGGAGCCAUCGCAGCUCCUGAAGAGAUAAAAGUGGAGGAAAUGGAAGAGAGAGGCCAGUGGCGCAGUAAAAUGGAGUUUGUGCUGUCUGUUGCUGGGGAAAUCAUUGGUCUGGGCAAUGUAUGGAGGUUCCCAUAUCUCUGCUACAAGAACGGUGGUGGAGCCUUCCUCAUCCCUUACCUCAUCUUCCUCUUCACCUGUGGGAUCCCCUUGUUCUUCCUGGAGACGGCGCUGGGGCAGUACACCAGCCAGGGAGGGGUCACUGCCUGGAGGAAGAUCUGUCCCAUCUUUGAAGGAAUUGGAUAUGCCUCACAAGUCAUUGAGUGGUAUCUGAAUAUUUACUACAUCAUCAUCCUGUCCUGGGCACUCUUCUACCUGUUCAGCUCCUUCACUUCAGUGCUACCAUGGGCCAGCUGCAAUAACCCCUGGAACUCAGAUCUCUGUGUGGACAUUCUGAAUAGAUCCAGCCUGGACAACAGGACCUUGCCCGCAAACACCACCUCCCCAAUGAUCGAGUUUUGGGAGAAGCGAGUCCUGGGGCUCACGGAUGGUAUUCACAAUCUGGGCACCGUGCGCUGGGAGCUGGCGCUGUGUCUCCUGCUGGCGUGGAUCAUCUGCUACUUCUGCAUCUGGAAAGGGGUCAAGUCCACAGGCAAAGUCGUUUACUUUACUGCCACCUUCCCGUACGUGAUGCUUGUUGUCCUGCUGGUGCGAGGAGUCAUGCUGCCGGGGGCUGCCGAGGGCAUCAUCUUCUACCUCAAGCCAGACAUUUCCAGGCUGGCAGACCCACAGGUCUGGAUGGAUGCAGGAACGCAAAUCCUCUUCUCUUACGCCAUCUGCCAGGGUUGCCUGACAGCUCUGGGCAGCUACAACAAAUACAACAACAACUGUUACAGGGACUGCAUCAUGCUCUGCUUCCUGAACAGUGCCACCAGCUUCGUUGCUGGCUUUGCCAUUUUCUCUGUGCUGGGCUUCAUGGCUCGAGAGCAGGGUGUGCCCAUUGCAGAAGUGGCUGAAUCAGGUCCUGGCCUGGCUUUCAUAGCAUAUCCAACAGCAGUAACGAUGAUGCCUGUGUCUCAGCUCUGGUCCUGCCUCUUCUUUCUCAUGCUGAUCUUCUUGGGACUGGACAGUCAGUUCGUCUGUGUGGAAAGCAUGGUGACAGCUAUUAUUGACAUGUUCCCAGGAGUGUUUCGGAAGAAGGGACGUCGGGAGCUGCUGAUCCUGGCCAUUGCAAUCAUAUGCUACCUGCUGGGCUUAUUGCUGGUCACUGAGGGUGGGAUGUACAUCUUCCAGCUCUUUGACUACUAUGCUGCCAGUGGCACAUGCCUGCUCUUCUUGGCCAUUUUUGAAGUCAUCUGUGUAGGGUGGGUGUAUGGUGCCAACCGCUUCUACGACAACAUUGAGGAUAUGAUUGGCUUCCGGCCGUGGCCCUUGAUCAAGAUAUGCUGGCUGGUGUUCACCCCGGGUCUGUGCUUGGGUGUCUUCCUGUUUUCCCUGAUCAAGUACACCCCCUUGAAAUACAACAACUCCUACGUGUACCCACCCUGGGGCUACACGGUGGGCUGGCUGAUGGCACUCUCCUCCAUGGUCUGUAUUCCUCUCUAUGCCAUCUUCAUCCUCCUGAAAACCAAAGGAUCCCUGAAGCAGCGGCUCACGCAGCUGGUUUCCCCAGCGGCAGACCUGCCACAGCCGAGGAAGCACACGGCAAGGCUGUGCCAACUGAAGCACGAGGGAUGGUCUCCUCCAAUCCAGGAGGUGCUCAGCAUCACAGAGAGAGAAACCACCUUCUAA